CGCUCGGAGCCGCCGGAGCCGCCGGAGCCGCCGCGCCCGCGAUGGAGCCCAACAGCCCCCGCAAGAUCCAGUUCACGGUCCCGCUGCUGGAGCCGCACCUGGACCCGGAGGCGGCCGAGCAGAUCCGGAGGCGCCGCCCGACCCCGGCCAACCUUGUCCUGAGCAGUGACCAAUCGUCCCCAGAGAUCGACGAGGACCGGCUGCCCAACCCCCUGCUGAAGUCCGGCCUGGCCAUGUCCCCGCGGCAGAGGAAGAAGGUGUCCCGCAGCACCCCCACCAUGAAAGAGCUGCAGAUGAUGGUGGAGCAUCACCUGUGCAAGCAGGCGCAGGGCGGCGACGACGACGACGAGGUGGCGGCCACCGCCCGCUGUCACCGCGGCGGGGACACCGAGGCAGAGCACCGGCACAGCCCCGGCCCGGCCCCGGCCGGCCACCGGACCCCCGGAGAUGGGACCCCCCAAGCGGGGACACCCCGGGCCGGGACCCCCCAGGCCGGGACCCCCCAAGCGGGGACCCCCCGGGCCGGGACCCCCGGGGCCGUGCGGCGCAGCCGGGCUGAGGACGGGACCCAUAUAGAGCCUGGGGACAGCGCGGGCAGCGGCCACUAGGUGUGGCCGCCGGACGCCAGCGCAGAUUUUUUUUAUUCCGUUUUCUAAGAUUUUGGGGCCGCCCAGAAUUCUUUUGGGAUUUUUUUUUAAUUUAUUUUGUUUUAUUUAAUUUUAUUUUACUCUGACGGGCAGGUGCCCUCCCCCUGGGGACCUCGGGGCAGGUGACACCUGCCACACACCCCCCUUACCCCGCACCGCCACCCUUGGGUGACACCGGGGACACGGAGUGACACCCUGCGUGCCCCCCCCAUCACUGCCACCCCCGGGGGUCCCCAGGGCAGGGGACACUAGGGACACUGAGCAGACCCCCCCCACAAUCACUGCCCCCCUCGGGGGUCCCCAGGGCAGGGGACACUAGGGACACUGAGCAGACCCCCCCCACAAUCACUGCCCCCCUCGGGGGUCCCCAGGGCAGGUGACACUGGGGACACUGAGCAGACCCCCCCCACAAUCACUGCCACCCUCGGGCCCCCCCCGCACCUGUGCACACCUGGGGGGGACACCUGGGCACGGGAGGGGACACGGGAGGGG